GCUCUAUGGGGCGAAUAUCGCCUACAAUGUGAUCAACAAGCGCGUGCUGCUGGCCCAUCCACAUCCUUGUUUGGUCACCGGCAUCAAUUUGCUCUCUUCAUCACUUUGCUGCAUAGCGUGCUGGAUGUUUGGUGUUAUGCGUUUUCCUCGCACAUUGAAUUGGUCUUUCUACUUGAAGUUGAUGGGGUUGGCAGUGCUACAUUGGAGCGGCAUGCUGUUCUCCAACAUCUCAGUAUCUGAAGUGCACAUCUCUUUCACUCACACCGUCAAGGCCGCCGAACCCUUUUUCACUGCGGUUUUCACUGCGGUGCUCAUUGGGAACAAGCCCACCAUCCGCGCUUGGAUGAGCUUGUUGGUGGUCAUUGCGGGCAUUGUGGUCGCUUCCACUGCUGAGAUCUCGUUUACUUGGCGUGGCUUUUGGGCGGCCAUGAUGUCCAACGUGGUGGUGGCAUUGAGGACUGUUCUCACGAAGAUGGCCAUGGACCGACACGUUCUUGACCCCUUGAAUUUCCAAGCUCUUCUGCAGUGUGCGGCAUUCAUCGUUUCAAUCCCCGUAGCCCUGCUCUUCAAUUUGCAUGCGGUGCGAGAAAUCGCACAGGACACAGCGGCUUUGCCUUCAAUACUCCUGAUAGGACCACUGGUUUGGACCUUCAACGUUGCAUCGAUUGUGAUUCUCGUUCACACCACUACGGUUGUGCACUCAAUGAUCCGAUCAAUGCGGAGACCUCUACUGGUUCUGGCGUCCAUCAUCACGUUUGGAACUAGCAUCACUCAUUUGAACGCGCUCGGGAUCAUGUUCACGCUCUUCGGCGCCUUCUGGUAUCGCUAUGAAAAUGAGAUGGUGAGAAAUGGUCAAUCUGGAUCACUCUCCAAGAUCCCCCGACAAACCUCAGACAAGCUGAGGCAAAAUGCAAUCCCAUAA